AUGGGGCCGGUUAGUGUCUUGGCUCACUUGGAAAGACUGGAGACUCAGAUGAACGAAUCCCGGAGAAAGUUAAAAGAACAAGAUGAGGAACUUGAUCUCAAAACCAGAAUUAAAAAAAUGACACUCCUGCGGGACAAGUUGAGGGCUGAAGUGAAGCAGCGGAGGAGUAAAGUCAGAGCAACACUCACUGGUGUGGAACCUCAUCAGACUUUGGAGCAAGAAGCUUUAGAAAGAAAACGGAAACUGCUGAAAGCCAUCCUGCAGGCCUACCGCUUCACAGGGCUCAGUGGGAAGCUGACAAGUCGAGGAGUUUGCAUCUGCAUCAGCACCGCCUUCGAAGGGAACCUGCUGGAAUCCUACUUUGUGGACAUUGUAAUACAGAAACCACUGCGGAUCCAUCACCAUUCGGUACCAGCAUGGAUCCCCCUGGAGGCACUGUCUGCAAAAUACUUACAGACCAACAUUCGGCUCUUCCUGUUCCGUCUCCACGAGCUCCUGAAUGCUUAUUCCAGGAGGAAGUACCAGGCAGACCAACUGCAGAAUGACUUUUCAGCCUUUCUGGCUGGGCCCUUGCAGAGAAACUCAUUGUGCAACUUGCUGGUGUUCACUUACAAAGUGGGGCCCGAGAGCCCAUCCCUGUUCUGCGCCAGACUGAUGUAUAAGGACCUCACGGCAUCCCUUCCGACUGCGGUCACCAUCACUCAAGUAGGGAAUGUGCUGUCUCCCACGGGAGAGCAGCAGAGAGCAGCCCACGAGAGCCUGUUCCAGACCCAGCCGCUGCACCGUGUGUUUGCCACGUUCACCAGAGAAGCUACCUGUGAGCAUGACCUGCUAGAGGUCUCCAGAGACACUCUGAAAUGA